AUGGCGCUGGAAGAUCCCCCCGUGAGGGGAGAAGGGGAAGUCUUGGUGAUUCCCCGCCGAAGCUUCUACGCAGUGAUUUUCGCGGUGGCUCUCUUGGUCCUGGCGUCGCUCGCGCUCGGCGUGGGCGGGUUCGUGUACCUGUUGCGCCAGGUGGAGGAGCUGAGGACGGACAGGUGCGCGUGCAGCGUUGUGAAGCGGGACGUGUCGCGGGACCUUACGGGGGAGGUGGCGCCUCCUGCCGAGCGGCGUGCUGAGGCAGCACGGGACCAGCUGUUGGCUAUCCUCCCGAACGGCAGGAACAGACGGAACCUGCCACCGGUCGACGUCAAUGUGGACCUACCGGACGUUUUACUGGAGACCCUCGGGCUGGGAGCCGAGGUGGCCCGAGAGGAUGACGAUUCUGUAUCCGAAGGUGAACCACCCUUAAGACGAACAAAACGGGGUGGAGGAGGCAAGAGGAGCGGACGCGGGAAGAAAGGCUCGGGACUAAAGGCGGCGCAUAUCCAGGGCUCUUUUCCCACGAAGUCUGACGGAAGUGCGGUCCUUGUUGGAGCCGAAAAUGUGGACCGAUUCGGACCGCCUCGAAGGUUCAAGUUCAAAGGUGGACGUGUCAACCACUGGAAGGCGGCCGAAUGGAUGAAAAGGCCAGAAUACGAACAGUACAAUAAUGUGUUCCAAUUGGACUUCACGGACGGCUCGCUUAGGGUCCAUGAGACAGGGCUGUACUACAUCUAUAGUCAGGUAUAUUACUACGAUGGCUCACACGCUUUCCUUAGUCACAUCAUCAAAGAAUCUGGGGAACAAGAGCCGUUCCUACAGUGCAUCCAGAGCCCUGCGAACCAGAGUAGGAAGUACAACACCUGCUUCACGGCCGGAGUGUUCCACUUGGACGCGGGGGACAAGAUCGUUGUGCAACUGCAGCAGGAGACUGGAAUAGUGGACAUGAGUGCGGACACCACCUUCUUCGGACUUAUCAAGAUAGCAGAGCCAGCUCCUCCUAAGAAACGCGGGAGACACAAGAACAAAAAGCAAGAAAGGGGAUCAUGAAUGAAACAAUCUAUUGGUCAUUUUAAACUUGAAAAGAGUUUAAAGACACAGGGCUCUUGACCUUCCCGCCAACAAACAAAAAUCUUAUGUCAAAGACCCCUAUACUACCAGUGGACUAGCCCUCUGAUGUAGUUCUUGCACAGCGGUGUGGCUCAAGGUCUGUAGAAACGGAGUGGGCGCCAUCCUAUACACCAAUCAUUUUGCAAACGAAAUAA